AUGACAGCCACAACGCCCCCACAAAAUGAAAAGCCUAUCUCGAGGCACCCACCUUUCAAACAAGUAGAGCAAACUAGACCGGACUACGAUAGCACGAAGUCCUGGAAUGUUACCAAAACAGUGCUGCCCGAAUGGAAACAGGGCCUGGGCGCCACAUCUAGCGAAUGGAAGAAUUUCAAGAAGAUUGCCAUUGAUCCCAAUAGCGAGACGAGAUCUCCCGUUGACAACUACAAGUUAUUUAUUUCAGCAAUCACGCCUCGGCCUAUUGGCUUCGUCUCGACAGAGAGCAAGCAAGGGAAGCGCAAUCUUGCACCAUUCUCGUACUUUAAUGUGAUGAAUAGCGAUCCGCCUAUCUUUGUGUUAGGCUUUAGUGGCGGCAAAGAUAAGCCAAAAGACUCGCUUAGAAACAUCCUUGAGACCGAGGAACUCACCAUUAACAUUAUCAGUGAGUGGUUUAUCGAGGCAGCCAACUACUGUGCGGUGAACUCGCCAUAUGGAGUGAACGAAUGGGAAUUGAGCGGCUUGACUCCGUUGGAAUCUAGCGCGGUGAAACCGCCCCAGGUUGCCGAAAGCGCUUUCAGCGUAGAAGCGAAAUUGGUCGAUACCCACGAGUGGAAGCUGAAGAGAGACCCUAGUAAAGCCUCUGGGGUUAUGUGUAUCGUGGAGGGAGUCAGGAUCCAUGUGAGGGAAGACUUGAUCAACGAGGAACGUAACACGGUCGAUACAGCCAAAUUGAAGCCGGUGGCCAGAUUGGGCGGCAUCACUUAUGGCCGAGUCAACGACGUGUUUGAGCUUCCACGUCCCGACUACGAGAAAGACGUAGAGAAGUAG